UGUGACACGUACUAUGGAAAACGUAUAUCAAGUUAUAUAGUUAAGUUAGUUUGAAUGGUAAACGUUAAACAAUUCAACGAGCCAAUGGAAAAAUUUUCAAAAACCUUUGACAUAGCUAAUUUAGCUGUACCUUGACCGCACUAUACUUUUCCAGUCAUGACGAUCAUCAUGGCGAUCCUUACACAGUGUGAUAAUAUUAAACGAUUUUUUUUCAAAUGAAAUCUCGCUGAGAUUAAUUUAAAAUGUCAUCGGAAAGGUUGGUAAAUAUUAACACGUUACAUUAGUACACUUUCUGUACGUAUAAAGGCACGUUACAUCACUACUUAUAGAAGAUAAAAACAUAUAUUUCUACUGAUUCUCAUCAGACGUUACAAGUAACAAGUUGAAACCAACAGAACACAAGUUUCCAGAAUGACCUCACACCCAAUCAGUGAACCUGAAUUUGCGACUGUAAUACAUCACCCAGUAGUAAAGACUGUCACAUACCCAUCUGUUGCUCAUAUAGGCCAAAACUUGGUUGCACCUAAUCCAGAACCGAUGUUUCCUGUCAGAACAUUUCGAAUUCUUGGAGGAUCACAGAUUGCACUAGCUAUUAUUUGUAUGGUUCACAGCUUCAUAGGCGUAAUUAUUGAUGCAAUUGAAAUGAACAGGAACUGUCGCCACUCAUAUAAAAGUUAUUAUGGCGUCCAUGAUCCCUGGUUCUGGCAGUGUUGGAUAUGGCGAAGAUACACAGAACCAUUGCUUGCAUUUGAUCUAACAUGUCUGAUAUGCUCAGUAUGGUUUUUAUUUACCGGAUUCUUUCCCAUUUGUAUGUCACGAAAGAAAAUACAUAACUGGAAAAACCUGAAAAUUGCCUUUAUGGUAUGUAGUAUAAUUGGAUCUGCUCUAUUUGUACCUAUCAUAUUCAGUCUUGGAGUCAUUGGAGCCAUAUACCGAGAAUUCCACAAUGGAAAAGUAGUCGUGCUGUCAGCCUUUUUGUCCAUAUUUUCUGCUGGUCAGUUUGUUGUAGGGAUCAUUUCAGCGUCCUAUUGCUGUUGUUGUUCUGCAUGGGAAGUGUCGGAACCCACCGUAAUUUACUUCAGUUCUAAUCAGCCAGGAACGAUAAUGAGUCCUCCACAAACUCAUAUCCCGGGGAAUGACAUGAACACCGAACAGUACCAGAGACAAUCAGAGUACAGCCGGGCAUCACGGGCAUCACAGUAUGAGGUGACGGAGCAUCGUGACCAAGGAGGAGAUAACUUUAAAUCACAACAGGUUAUCUAUGAUGAUCCACCGUCGUACAAAGAGUGAUAUGUUGUCUACCCUUACAAUUAUUUUAAUGUCAUAGUCGUCUACAAAUCUUUAAAUAGUUACUAAGUGAUUAUCAUUGUUAAAGUUGUUUAUGUUUUGAUUGUUGUUGUGUUAAUAUUUUGCUAAAAUAUAGAUUUUCUGCCUUGUUCA